AUGUUUAGUAGAACGAUGAGAAAGUCCUUAUUGGACAUACGGAUACCAAGUGCAACACUUCCACCCACCUUCCUUUUACCAAGCCGAGCACGGUUCUUCAACUCUACAACACAACAUGUCGAACCACCCAUCGAGAGCAGCCAUGCUAGCCCAUCAUCUGCAGCAUCUUUAAAGCCAGAGAAAUCCUCAAUCGCAUCUUCGGCACCGGUCGCGCCCUCUUACACCGCCACCUCAGUCUCGCUUUCUCCCUCAGUCAAGGAGAUGCUUCCCCUCCUCACUGCGCAACAAUCGCACUUCAUAACCACACACAUUUACAGUCGGCCCUACCUUGUGACUGUAGGAGAUACAGUACGACUUCCAUUCCGUAUGCCCGGCGUGGUUCCUGGCGAUGUUCUCCGCCUCAACACCGCUUCAAGUAUUGGAUCAAGAGAUUACACGUUGAAAGGAACGCCUUAUCUUGAUGAGAGAAUAUUCGAAUGCAGAGCGAGAGUCAUGGGCACUGAAGCCGAACCAAUGAGGAUCAAGGAGAAGACGAAAAGGAGAAAUAGAAAAACAAAGACCGUCAAGAGCAAGCACAAGUACACUAUAUUGAGAAUUGCCGAGCUCAAAGUCAAGACAGUGGAGGAAAUUGAGGGUUAA